GUCCGUGCUCCAAUAGCGAGUAAGGGAUACACGCGGCAGUGGAAGUAGCCUACGAAAAGUAGAGUUUUCUCAAAAGAAUAACAACAAUGUUAAAGACAUCGUACCGAGAUAGACGGACAAGCACAUGCUAGUACAUCUGUCAGAACGAGCAAAGGUGAACGGGUUGACUGCCCGGCCACUUGUCGAAUUGAAUCCGCAGCGUUUAAGCAACAAACUGGGAGAGAGCAUUGCAGGUUGUGGUGCAAUAGGGCAUACAGGAGAAGCACGACACUUUUGCUAAUAGAUUGCAGUUAUUUUUGAAGUCCUUUAAGAACGUGGAAGAGCCUCUUCGUCCGUGACCGAAGACCGAAGCGGGCCCCGACUAAAUCGCAGGUGCCCCGAUACGCAUAUCAGCGAAAUCAUCGAACCCACAAUCUCGAUAAGACUUCGACUCACACGGAAAAGUACUUUUCGUUAACGUGUCGUUUAUAUUAAGUGGCUGAUGUUCAUAUCGUGCUUGGUGUAGUUAUGUUCGUCCAUCCGUCCGCCCGUCUUCAAGAGAGAAGUCUUUAACGAUGUAGAUCAACGAGUUCGGCACUUUUAGACAGGAACGACAGAAGGCGGGAAUGGAAGUCAAUGUAAAUUGUAACCGUGAAUUAGCGCUUCCUUAUUUGCCGUCAAAAAGCAACAAAUCAGAGUGUUUUUUCGAACGUGCGCGACGGUAAUCGACAGACGUGCAUGUAAUAACAUUCAGUCGCAGCAUUAAUUGGCUUACAAGUUUUUUACAAGUGAAGCACACACACGGGGAGAAAAAGGAAACAGUAUAGUAGAGAAAUUCUACUGAAUUUCGAUCGAUCCUCUGAUGAAAAAAAAAGGAUUAAUAAAGGGCAAUUACUGCAACCUGAGAUCUUGAACGCCUUGUUAGUGCGUGCAGACAGAAUCAAGGAAUAGUGCGUGUGGAUUUCUCUUGCAUUGUGUAGACACUACCCGAAAGCCUUUCGUAAGAAGUCUACCUUAUCAGCCAGGCUUCGUACGUCACUCCUCCUACAAAGAACAGCACUGAAUUUUAAUUAAGCUCAACGCCGCCGCAACUUAGCGUUAUGGCCGAAACCAGGAUACAGGUGGUGGACGGUUCCGAGAUGUUAGCGGACGACGGUCAGGACGGACAACGUUUCGCGGUCCUAAGCUAUGAGCAGGUUCGUCGUCUUGAUCAGGUGAUGAACGAGUCUGUGCCGAUCAACGGCCGCGGCCAUUUCCCCACACUCGAUGUGAAACUCUCGGAUCUCGUUCGUGUCGUCCGACGCAAACUGGAACAUGAGAACGGCAUCCACGUUCGGGACAUUCGCAUGAAUGGUGGCGCUGGUUCGCAUGUGCUGGCACCGGAGAACUCACCGUACAACGACCUCGACCUAAUCUUCACGGUUGAUCUCACCAGCGGGAAGUCAUUCGAGAAAGUCAAGAGCGCUGUACUUGAGUCGUUACUCGAGUUCUUGCCCGAUGGAGCGGGCACAGGCAGCCGACGACAUCGGAUAUCUCUAGCGAGCUUAAAGGAAGCGUACGUUCACAAAAUGGUCAAAGUGACCGAAGGUGACCGGUGGUCACUGAUCUCACUAUCGAAUGCCGCCGGGCGUAACGUCGAACUUAAGUUCGUUGACAAAAUGCGCCGUCAGUUCGAAUUUAGUGUGGACAGCUUCCAGAUUAUCCUUGACUCGUUGCUGCUAUUCUACGAUUGCUCGAACAUGACUAUGUCGGAUAACUUUUACCCCACCGUUGUGGCGGAAUCAGUCUAUGGAGAUUAUCAGGAAGCGUUGUACCAUCUGACGAAGAAGCUGAUUGCAACCCGGGCGCCUGAGGAGAUCCGUGGUGGAGGCCUGUUUAAGUACUGUCACUUACUCGUGCGAGACUAUAAGCCUGCGAAGGAGGAACAACUGAAACAGCUAGAACGGUAUAUGUGUUCAAGGUUCUUUAUCGACUUUCCCGACUUAGCCAACCAGCGGCGCAAACUCGAAUCCUACCUCACAAACCAUUUCAUCGGCGAUGAAGAACGCUCCAACCGUUACGCCUAUCUAAUGAUCCUACAGCGAGUAGUUGACGAGUCCACCGUAUGUCUAAUGGGUCACGAACGGCGACAGACGCUCAACCUCAUCGAUGAAUUGGCCUCGCAAACCUACUACGAGGACAUGUUACUAGCGUCGAACAAGCAGCAGCAAGCGGUCGCGACGAACUGUGGUGGCGCUGCUAAUGGUACAGCGACCGGGUCGCCUCAGCAGUUAGCGUUGGACCUCGCUUCCGGCACCUUCGUCCAGUUCACCAAUGGCGGUUACUAUUAUACACCAUACGUAUCAUCCCUUUCACAACUGUCGCAAUUUCCCACUAACAGCUGCAUCUGCAGUUCGACCGGAAGCAGUCGGCCGAGUUCAUCGGGGGCGUCAACGCCGACUUCGGAGGGUUCAGCAGCAAGCUGGACUUCAUAAGCUUCAAGACGGCUAACUGUGAUCUCUUCUAAACAACAACAACAGCAACAGCUGCCCGUCAAACAUACAGUCACAUACGUCGUUGGCGUAUUGUUCGCAAGUUGGUCGCAACGACGUCAACGACAAUAGAGCUGUGCGACUGAAACAGACUACCGCAGGAUUGACAAACGGACGGAGGAAAAGUGCAAACCAACAAGAGGACAGACAACCAUACAAAUAGAACAUGAAAACAGGCGUUCAAUGUGAGAAGCAGGUUUACAUUCGCCCGCGUGAAAGGCCCGCGUUAAUCAGCUCUGCCAUCUGGCGUUCGCAACCAAUGACGUUAACUACGAAAUAUAUGAUGACUGUUCGCCAGCGUCGCUUGAUGAUUGACCCAUACAUCCAUACCAUUAUUUGUGUCCUGCAUAGGGUUUCGAAUCAUACUGCAAAAACGACAUUUAUUAAGAGACGGGCAGUUGCUGCUGUUGUUGGUCUGAAUUGUAUUCUGUGACAUAGUGGAUUUCACCUGAUACGAUACGAGCUCUAUGACGAGUCAGCCAUGCUGCGUUCACCGCAUCCGCAUGCUUAGACAUUGCAACCGAGACGCGACUAAUGAUAACGAAGAAUCAAAUGGCGUAGCCAAUAGUUGUUUAGAAACAUACCUAGAACAACUCACACAGCAGAUGACUCGAGUCCAGUGUCCGGAACCGCGGUCAGACAUCAUUACUAUAUUAGGCUAUGAAAAUAUGACCAAUUUAAUUAUUUGGCUUGAACCUUGCAAACUAGAAAAAAGUACGCUCCGUUCUGGUAAAUUGUGACCAGCAUCAAUAGGAUUGGUUGUGGCGGAGCAACCAUGGUUCGGGUUCACGCGGGCGGAUCUCGUAGGGAAAUCAUUUCAAACGAAGAAAACAUGAGUCUACUAAAGAUGUUGAUGCUAAUAAUAAUAACUCUGAAGAUGACGCCAAAAUAAUGCAGAAGAAACUCGUUGUAGAGUACACCAUUGAUUCUAUAUAUUCUAACUGCUGCUCAAAAUGCGGUAAGGUACACGGAAGAGUGAACAUGAAAUUACAAAAUGAAAAUUACUGAAAAAGGGCCAGGAAAAGGAGGCAAACUAGACGAAGUACGUUUCGAGGCAGAUUCACGUCUCUACGUAUAGGUACAAUGCCCUAACAAUGUGUCAGUGUACUUUAUUUUGUUAGAUAUUCUAAUCUGUGCACGCAGCAGUAAAGUUCGCAAGGGAAAACAUUUUCUAAGACCGCUAGCUGAGAUCGGUUCUGCAACUCACCAUUAUUUUUAUAAACAAAAAACGGGACGGACAAACAAACAAACGGAGAAGAUUGACACAAGACAGAUAGGCAGGCAGGCAGGUAAACAGUCGCAGACGAAAUUUAUGUGACAGCGGGAACACGAUAUACGCGCGAAGCAAUGAAAUUGAUGCUACUCAUGAUAAUAAGGAUGAUGAUGGAAAUACUGUACAUGCUACUAGAUUAAUUAGCGUUACCCUAAAGACGUACGACAGUCCCACGGGGCGACAAGGCCGCAGAUACCUGCCCUGCCCUAUGCAAGCAAACUAAGGCCUAUAGAUGGCGACGAAGCUAAAUAGCUAUUAUGAAACAUGCGGACCCUACCAAGACGCCAAUCCAACCAAAUCCGAGGCAAUCCAUAUGUUAGGCACCAUCUCGAUCGUAGACAAUGGUUCCUGGUUGGUGCAAAAUGGCGUCUGCUGUAAUUCAGCUUGUGGCAAAACCGGGUGUCACAGUUUAAUCGUAGAAGGGGAAGAGCUGUUAUUGAACGGAACAGAACGCAAGUAUUGUCCUGGAUCCAAUAUACGAUGGAGCUUACGUACCUAGAUGGUGUAUGAAGGUUCCGACGGGAUAUCGAAUAGGCGUUCGUUGUGGAUUAUGCCCAACCGAACAGAGGUAUGGAUAUGAGAGGUACUUCAUUUGGAGGCAGUCACUCUUCUUGACUCCAAAGCCUGCGUGUUCGGAAAGAAAGCUCUUAAAUGCUCUAAUCGUGUGUCAUCGUCAGAUGCGCUUGGGAAGAUGCGGAAAAUCAGACAACAGGAUCGUUACGAUAGGGUCAAAAACAAUGCGUUCUAUCGCACGCAAUUGUAUUGUGCGGAGAUCCAGCGUCGGUUGACCAUCGGUCAUACGUCGACCCGAAGUUACUCGACAAUUGAGGAGUAUAUUGAGCGUCAAUAUUAACACUGUUUUCUUCUUGUCGUUUUAAAACUUCCCGCAAUAUUUGCUAGCGCGGGUAAUAUUGAGGCGCAGGAUUGCAGCCCUGAUGCUUCGUAUCCAUGUGUUAAGCGUUCUCUCUUAAAUGGCCUCUUCAUAUAUUUUAUGAUGACAUACAGACCAGCGAAAAAAAAGCGCAAAACAUACAAGAAAAAAAAAUAACAAUAAUAAAAAUAAUAAAAAUUAAGAAGUAACAAAUAAAUAAAACAAAACGGUCGUGAUGACGACUCUGUUCAUGCAAAAAAACUCAAACGAGAACACGGUAAAUAAUCUGUUAGAUGACAGCGGUCAAUUUCAAUGAGAUGAUAAAAAUAAUGACAUAGAGACAACAUUAUCUAUAGAAGCGUUAAUCCCCAGCAGAGGACGAUUCGUUUGUGCAAGGUACGACCACGGCCGUGAUCACGGUGAUGAUGAGAACAAUAAUCAUAAGAAGCUCCAAAGAUUACUUCCCUCCUUUUCCCCAACAGUUUCGUAAACUUUUCCUCUAUAUUACUCCUACAUAAUGACAUAUACCCCCAACUCAAACCGUAUCCUGGUAAAUUGAUCGAGGCGGAUUUCCAAAUAUUUACCCCCGGUCGUCACGCGAAGCUCCUAUAAACUACCUCUAUUGAUAAUAAAAAUAAUAAUAAUGAAUACGCCCAGUAAAUAUGUCAUUGUCGAGAGACGCUUUUCAUCACGUUUUUCUCUUGGGGUCCUCCUCUGUUGAUUUCUCAAUGUAGUCGCUUGUUAACGUGUCGAAAUUGGCUACCGCUUCUCCCAGUUUACUAAUGGAUAGGAAACACGGUACUCUAACUCCCUGCUGGCGGGUUAGCGUUGUCCUGGCGUAAGCCUUUGACGUGCAUUACGCUACCUUUUAUGAUGGUAAACACACAGCAAAGCGAGUGCAUACAUAUGCCCCAGUAAUCUAUAGCAAGAACAUGAUGAAUGCGAGUAUAAUUCUUAAGAAAAAAAAUAAACCACGAAGCCUCAUUUGAAAACAGAACGAGGCUUAAUAUUAAUCAUACACAUAUAUACGUUUCUGAAUGCACAAAUACAUAGAUACUUUGUUGCAGCGUUAAAAGACAUAAAACACAUAAUCACCUAUAUGCUCUCACAUAUAUGGGAUGUAUUGAGUGUGUUGUAUGUUGUGUAUAGUGGUUGCGACGUCCGGCUGAAGAUCGACGAUAUCAGCCAGUCACAAUCGAUCAGA